UGUUCAGUCAGUUGGAGAAAAAUUUCAUUCGCAAGAGUGCACGAUACAGAGGUGUGUAACGCGGAAUUAACAAAUUAAGAACAGUUUCAGCUAAUUACUGCAGCUGCUUCUGCUGUUGCCUGGUAGACGUAUAUCGGCAAAAAUAGGCCAUCCUACGGGAUAGUGUGAAGUUUAAAGGAUCUAGUGUCUAGUUCGGUUGAAGUAAAGGGGGCAAGUGAACCAAAAGGUAUUUGGCAUCGUAAAGCUGCUGCUGCUCCAUCAGGCUGGCUGGAGGCGAGGAGCAGAAAAAAAUGUUGACAAAAUGGCCCACGCAACUAGUUUACUGAGUUCCGGAAUCUCCCGCCGCAACCCGGAGGACGAGUACGAGCUGAUCCACAAGAUCGGCUCCGGAACUUACGGAGAUGUGUACAAGGCGAAGAAACUUCAAUCGAACGAACUAGCGGCCAUAAAGGUGAUCAAGAUCGAACAGGGCGAUGACAUCCAGAUCAUCCAGCAGGAGAUCGUGAUGAUGCGCGACUGCCGCCAUCCAAACAUUAUCUCCUACUACGGAUCGUACCUAAGGCAUGAUAAGCUGUGGAUCUGCAUGGAGUAUUGCGGGGGUGGUAGCUUGCAGGACAUCUACCAGGUAACCGGACCGCUCAACGAGCUGCAGAUAGCGUACAUGUGCCGGGAAACCCUGCUCGGAUUGUCCUAUCUGCAUUCGAUGGGCAAAAUCCAUCGGGAUAUCAAGGGAGCAAACAUCCUGCUGACGGAGAAGGGCGAUGUGAAGUUGGCAGAUUUCGGCGUAUCGGCGCAGAUCACGGCAACCAUCAACAAGCGGAGGAGUUUUAUUGGUACACCGUACUGGAUGGCACCGGAGGUGGCAGCUGUCGAACGAAAAGGUGGCUACAACCACCUGUGUGAUAUUUGGGCUUGCGGUAUAACUGCUAUUGAACUAGCAGAGCUGCAGCCGCCCAUGUUCGAUCUACACCCGAUGCGGGCCCUUUUCCUUAUGUCCAAGAGUGGCUUCAAACCGCCGACACUCAAAGACAAGGACCGGUGGAGUCCGAAUUUCCAUUCCUUCCUUAAGGUUGCCCUAACGAAAAACCCCAAGAAGCGACCGACGGCCGAACGAUUGCUGCAGCAUGCCUUCUUCCAGUCCGAGAUGUCCAUCCGGUUGGCGAUGGAACUGCUGCAAAAGUAUCACAGUCCGCACCAGAGCUACUUCUAUCACGAUUUCGAGGAAGAAGGGGCGGUCGCCAUUGGACCACAAAGAAUUACGAGUAAGCUGCAUUCGCCUAGUCCGGUGUAUUUGUGUAAACCCUCAUUGGAGAGAGAGCGAUCAUCUAGUCCAGAAACCCUACCAAGUGAUAUGAGUCUAUUGCAUUAUAUAGACGAGGAGUUGAAGUUAAGGCGAACGUUGCCGCUGUCGAACCUCCCAAGCGAACCGCUGGUGGUCGGCGACGGUCCUGGUGGCGAGAGUUACGACAAUAACGGGCGAGACGAUUCCACACUCAGCUAUGCGGAUAUCGAUAACCUGAAUGCACGGUUCGACAAGUUGAACUCGCAAAAUGGGUCCUGCGAGGAUGAGACGCAAGGUAAACGGAGAUCGAUGGAUCAGCUGACGGGGCUGUUCAAUGAUUUGGAAAAGUCUUCCAGGCAGCGAAGUUUGAGCGAUGGCGACGGUAGUAAUGAAAAUGAAACUCAACCAGACCUGCUGAACAACACACCACCGGUACCACCAAAGCGCAGUCAUCGCAGCCGGCGUCACACACCUCCUCGGCCGGUUUCCAAUGGAUUACCGCCGACACCGAAAGUUCACAUGGGUGCCUGUUUCUCCAAGGUCUUCAACGACUGUCCGCUACACAUCCACUGUACCGCCUCGUGGAUUCAUCCGGACACGCGCGAUCAGCAUUUGCUGAUCGGUGCCGAGGAGGGUAUAUUCAAUCUGAAUAUGAACGAACUUCAUGACGCCGCCAUCGAGCAGCUGUUCCCGCGGCGGACCGUAUGGCUGUACGUAAUAAAGGACAUUCUGAUGUCACUGUCGGGAAAAACCUCGCAACUGUACCGACACGAUCUGAUGGCGUUACAUUCCAAGCAAACGCAUCGAUUCUCGCUGCAUAUGAAAAAGAUUCCGGAGAAACUGGUGCCGCGCAAGUUUGCUCUCACGACCAAGGUGCCGGACACCAAAGGUUGCACGCAGUGCUGCGUGACGCGAAAUCCGUAUAACGGGUACAAGUACCUGUGCGGUUCGCUGCAGAGUGGCAUCUUUCUGAUGCAAUGGUACGAUCCACUGAACAAAUUUAUGCUAUUGAAACAGUGUGACUGGCCGUCUGGUAACCUGCAGUACUACGGCGUUAAUUCCAACGUAUUCGAGAUGAUUAUUACGCCUGAACUGGAGUAUCCGAUCGUCUGCGUGAACGUCAGGAGAGGACCGAAUGAUAGUUUGAAGUUGGAUUUGAUCAACACGAAUAACACUUCAAGUUGGUUCAAUUCCAAUGCUGAAGAUAUGGACGGGAUGGCGACGGUAAUCAACAGGCGAGACACUUUGCGGCCAAUCAAAGUACAUCAGCUUGAGAGGGAUGCUAUUCUUGUGUGUUACGAUAAUGUCGUACAAAUUGUAGAUGUUCUUGGAUUUCCGAAGCAGAGUAAGAAAUAUAUUUCUCGCUUGGAAUUCAAUUUCAAUAUCAAUACUAUAGUUUGUCUAACCGAUAGUGUGUUAGUGUUUCACAAGAACGGAAUGCAGGGCAGGUCUUUGAGGAACGGUGAGAUUACUCAAGAGAUUACCGACACCAGUCGGAUUUACGAACUGAUCGGCAGUGACAAUCGCAUCGUCAUGCUGCAAAGUCGCAUUAUGCGAAGUGACACGAUGGAAGGAUCCAGCGAGGAAGGUCAUGAUCUGUAUGUAGUGGCUGGUCACGAGGCUAGCUACUAGUAGAACGAUAACCGUACUCCGACGCAUACACGGACAGUACCAACAUGUGCAACUAGUAGCUGUGAGGAUUUAAUCGAAGAGAAAGCAGACCAACUGCUAGAAAGUGUAUUAGAAGUAUUCAGUGAGCAAUUCAAACGUACGCAGGUCGCUAAUUGUUUCGACUACUCUGUGCAUAAAAAAUGGAAAAUUGCGAACGAAUGAGUACCAACAGUUUUUGAUAGAUAUAUUAAAUAUAUCGCGUUCGUAACAAAGGAUACGUACUCGUAAAAUGAAUUCGGCACACGAACGAAUGGCACCGUUGUCUAGGAUUCACCAAUACAUUUAGGAGUUAGUUCCAAUCAAAUGUGAAAAUUGUUCUUAUUUAAAUAUCGCAUAGUACAUGCAGCCAGUCUCUGACCCUUUUGGAUUGCAUCCAGUAAUAUAAUGAAGAUAAAAAUGCAGUCAGAAUGCAGGAACGAUAUGAUAGUCUUUUAUAAAUUAAGAAUUUUUUAGCAUAUUCGUUGAUUCUAGUUGAACCUGUGUAUAUAAUUUUAUUGGCAAUUGAGGAAACCUGUGUAUUUGAAUGUAAAUUGAAGAAUCGCGAAAAGUAUUGUUCUACAAGCUGUCUGUAGGUAAUUAGUAAUAAAUUAAGGGAUGUAAUAGCAUAAUUUCCACUUCUCGUUUUGAUGUUGUGUAAAAAUUCUUUUCCAUUUUCUUUGCCAAAAGCACGUUAGUUAUAGAAAGAGAAAUAUUAAAACAAACCCGUACUCAAACAACAUUGGACAUGCAGAACGCAAUCAUUGGAUCCAAGGCGAAUUGGAACGACAAACUUGAUGUAGAUAAUUUAUUUUCAUGGAAGAAUUUUCGUUGAGUAGCGUGUACUAAAUUAAUCGAUCAAACUAGUAGAAAGAAAAUAAAUUCUGGGAAACAAAGUAGAAAAACUAAUACAAAAUAUCGAAAACUAUUUUAUAUAUCUAAAAUGAAUUAUAAUCGAUAAAAUGUUUGCGUCAACAACUGAAGAGUUAAAUUUGGAUCAAAUAGAAAAUGCGAUACCACGAGUUGCAUAAAAUUUACAUCCGGAAUCAUUGUAUAACCGAAAAUACAAAUCAGUAAUACUAUUUCACAUACUGUAGCAAUAGGCAAUAGUCAGAGAUACUCAGAUAACCUAUUGAUUGCAUUUAUUUUUCGAAGUCACUAUACAGUAAAUAGACAUUCGGCGCAAUCUCAUUCUGUUUCAAGUGUUUUUUUUUCUCAGACCCGAUUGUGACAAAGUUUAAUCCAGACUUUAAAGUUCGUUUGCUUCAAAACCGGAAACGCGAUGUAUAAGUUUUUUCGUUAUCUAUCAAUAGAAUCACGUUGUUUUUUGCCCGAACAAUCGACUGAUCAUCGCGUGCCGUAGGAACACAGUUUGAAUUAGAACCAAGAUACUAUAUACACUUUAAUUUGUGGAAAUCAUUCCAAAUCUAUCCUAACCGUUCUUAAGUCACUCCAUAACUUUAGGCCUCUAGAUCAAAGGAACAUUCGCACAUUUUGCAAAACCGAACACGAUCCUCAUUAGUUAAGUUUUUUUUUUUAAUUUGUAGUCCAAAGUUUUAAGGAAUGCCUGAGACAGCAACCUUGAAUGGAUCAUGAUAUCUAGAGUUAGCUAGAUAAUGGAAACUCUGGAGAUUCAAAGAGUAUUUUUUACAAUGACACAAUGCUACAAGACACAUUGAAAACAAAACCAACUUGAUUUCCAUAUUGAACGUGCAUUCAAAGCUUUAUUGUAUUAUACAUUACACUAAUUCCGUAUAUUAGUUGUUUAUUGUAAUGCGUUUUACAUCUUUUGUAUUAAAUUCUGAAAAAAACUUUGUGUCAUAGUUUUUUUUUGUUUUCUAUAAAACUAGAGCAAUAGAAGUAAACAUCAAUUCCAACACUAAAGAAGAUAUCGAAACGUACCUAGAUUUGGAUAAACUAAGGGCGUUCACAAUUUCCAUAUACACAAAAACAAAUUAACAAUAAAAAAAGAUUAUUAAUAAAAAAAAUAGAAAAUUGCAGUAAACUUGCAACAUAUAUUUCUAAACUAUUCAAUUUGUAGCAAAACAAACAGGAAACAUUAUAGUGAAACCAGACGCAAAGAAAUGGGAAACAUUUUUCAUUACAAUUCUAUAACAAAAAUUUUCCUGUCCCGGACCUAUAGAGCUACGCGUUGUCGAUAACCCGGUCUCCCCUCUUCACCCUCGAAUGCAACAUUUAAACAAAUUCCUGUACAUGUCGUUAUAAUCGAUACAAAGUUUAAUCAAGAUGCAAUAAUUUUACAAGACACAAGUUGAGUGUAACAGAGCAGCUGUGCAAAGAACUAGGAACACCGGUUUGGGAGUAGGCCCGCGAGCAAUGAAGAUUGUUUGUGAUGAAAGGAGACAUAAUAAAUUGUUUUUAAAAUGAGAUAA